UAGGUGUCCACUGUGGUCGCCUGAUUUGAACUCCCAGGUGAAUAAAUUCAUGCUAAUUUAGCAAGCUUUACUUUACAACUGAAUCGAUUUAUAACUGCGUGUGAUUUAAACGAUUUAUAUGAAAUUGCCUCAUUAUUUCUAUCCAGUUAUUUAAGGUCUAUCCAGGUGCAUGCUGGGAUUGCUGAGUCUGUUUGGCGCUGGUCUCCUUGUGACGUCACGGGGUGCCACUGUCCUCGCAUGCAGAUCAGCAUUAACACAUGUGUGUGAACACGCUUACACACCACAGUUCACCAGGCAGGUCUCCAACAUGGCCCAGUCACUCAGGUACUUAGGUCAAGAGGAAGCUCAGCGCAUCGAUGAGGAGCUGUUCUCUGAGUACAGCUUCAGUGUCGAUCAGCUGAUGGAGCUCGCUGGACUCAGCUGUGCUACAGCUGUUGCUAAGGCAUAUCCACUGCAGUCUCUGCUCAGACUCCCUCCCCGUGUGUUAGUGGUUUGUGGUCCAGGUAAUAACGGAGGUGACGGUCUGGUCUGCGCUCGGCAUCUCAAGCUGUUUGGAUAUGAACCAGCUGUUCUUUACCCGAAACGACCAAACAAACAGCUUUUCAAGAACUUAACCACUCAGUGUGAGAAGAUGGAGAUUCCCUUUUUGUCUGAAAUGCCAGAGGCUGAUGAGGUGGAUGAGGUGUAUAAUGUGGUGAUCGACGCCAUCUUCGGUUUCAGUUUUAAAGGAGCGGUGCGCGAGCCGUUCGAUGACAUUUUAUCCACUCUGAAGAAGGUCAGCGCUCCGAUCGCUAGCGUCGACAUCCCCUCAGGUUGGGAUGUAGAGACCGGAGACUCUGAUGGUAUUCAGCCUGACCUGCUCAUCUCUCUCACCGCUCCCAAGAAAGCAGCGUCUCACUUUCAGGGCCGUUAUCACUUCCUGGGUGGGAGAUUUGUUCCUCCAGCCCUGGACAGGAAGUACGCACUGAACCUGCCACAGUAUCAGGGGACGGAGUGUGUGCUCAGACUCAACUGACCAGCAACACUGACACACACACUUACAGAGACAGACACACACUCUUACAGACAGACACACACUUUUACAGACAGACAGACACACACACUUACAGAGACAGACACACACACACUCUUACAGACAGGGUUAAGCACUGAACCCUCAGACGACUUCCUUUACAUGGCAGUGAGAUGUUGUUUCUCUUGGUGUUAGUGUCUAAACCUUUUGUUAAUGUUUGAAUCUCAUUAAACGUUUUGGCCUGAAAUAAACACUCACUUUGAUCUGGAA